GACCCUGGGAUCAUGAAGGCAGAGGCCUGACUGAGUACCAGACACGCAUUCCUUCGUGCUAGAGCCCUUCCCACCGGGUCUCCACCACAGAGGAACGCGGGGUCUCAGUGCUGUCUGCCAUCAUGUCCUUUGCCUCGGUCUUUAUUUUUAAGAGAAAUAUUAAAAAAAUACGAACAGCAACCUCUGUUCGUUACAAAUGACUUGGAACAUAUUGGAGCCCCCUGCUUGGAACCCUUCGGUAAGCUUCCGUCUGCUCCUCUGCAGGCGGCUUCUAAACCUGUUUCUGCCGUGGUUGUAACCGUUCUAAGUAAAUCUGUGUCCUCAGGAUCACCACGAAGACCUUAUGACGUUACUUCUAACGAUGGGAGUGCUUACCGCACUGUGCACAUCACGCUUUUCUUAAUUGGUAAACUGGGGUCCAAAUCAGAUCAAUCGUGGCAGCCAGCAACGCGCCAAAACCCUUCCCGUGACGCUCUUCUCGGGAUGUGUUCGCAGCGCGCUUACUAGGUCAGAGGUCACAGUCACCGGAGAGGCCUCAGUACGGGACCACCUUGCUUCCCGAAGAGGUGAUCAGAGUUUCUGUCCCUCCGGCCUCCCGGGGCGGGGCACCAUUUUACAUUUGUGUCCGUGGUCGGGGAGGUGAGAUGUUUUUUCAGACGUUUUUGCUGACUGCGUUUUCUUUUUUGGAAAUGGUCUAGUUUACUUUUUUACCUAUUGGCAUCCAAACGCUCUACUUAGAAAGUUCUACCUUUCCCGGAGGGAAGGUUUCCGGGUGCUUUGUUACACUCCUCGCAGAUAUUUUUCCAGCUUGUUUGCCUUUGUCUUGGCGGAAGAUUGUCCCCCAUGGUCUUUUCGUGUGUGUGUCGUUUCUCCUUUUCUUCUGUUACUUCGGGGUUUUAUGACCACGGCAAAACCUCACCAUCACUUAUCCCUCCUGAAAGCGUCAAGUGGAAUUCAGCGGGCGGCCCAGUCUUACCUUCUCUGUGUACAGGGUGCCCCUGGGCAGGGGAGGCCUCUGGGCACAGCCUGGCCCAGGGAAGCCCAGGACAGAAAGCUGGCCCUCCAGGCACAGUGUCUUCCUGGCCUGGCUAAGCUUGGCCGCCGCCCUGGUUCGGGAGUCCCAGCCAGCACCUAGACUCAGCCCCGUGGCUGCCGCAGCCAGAGCGCACACCAGACGGAGGUCUGGACCAGACGGAGCUGGGGCUGCCCCCACUGGGAACCAGGAAACCCCAUGCCUUGUGCACUUGCAGCUUUGGGUUCUGUCCUGGGGUAUGUGGCUGUUUUACCGCAGUACAGCGAGCUGCCGUGUGUUCGGUGCUGACGCUGUUCCGGGCAUCAUGUCCUUAACAUGGGAGGAGUUCAGGAACUUGCCGAGUGGGAAGCCGCUAGGGGCUGGACUGACCUGAGAUUUUCUGGUCGGCCUGUUUUCUGGACAGGGAGAGGGACUCUCCCAGGGCUGUUUCGCCCUUUGUGUACCACAGACCCUUUGAACGAUCUGACGAAGGCUUUACGUCCUCUCCCCAGAAAGUACACAGGAUUCCGCAGACAAGUGCACGUGUGUCUUAAGGGCUUUCCGAAGCCUGGCCGUGAACUAGUGUCGGGACUGAUUUCCAGGGACCCUUCCCAGCCCUGGUGUCCGGGAAGGGGUCUGGAAGCGGUGAGGCAGCCACAGGGCAGGAGCACCUCCUUGACCCGUCUCUCUCGUAGGAUGGCCAUCGUUCCCAUCGUCAUCAGCCUGACCCUGACCACGCUGCUGGGCAACGCCAUCGCGUUUGCCACUGGAGUGCUGUACGGACUCUCCGCUCUGGGCAAAAAGGGCGAUGCGAUCUCCUAUGCCAGGAUCCAGCAGCAGAAGCAGCAGGUGGACGAGGAGAAGCUCACGGACACCCUGGAGGGGGAGCUGUAAUGUGAGCUCCCUGCUCGCCCCUCUGGUUCAGUGCAGACAUGUCCUGCAGGGAUGAGGCCUGGAGCAUUGACCCUGAAGGACAGCCUAGAAGAGGAGCCUUUGGCUCCCACCAGCCCCCCUACACCUGUCCCUACACCUGGAGUCCUCUUCUGUCUUCUCCUUCCUCUAGCUUGGUGUCUCCCGGCCCUGGGCCUCGGCCCGCAGCAGGAAGACUGGCGGUGACAGCGGGCAGCCUCGACGGUGACCCAGGCCGUAGGGCUGGAGGCAGGGCGGGGCCUGCCUGGUCCCACUCCUCGCAGCUGGCCCGGCUCAGCUGGAAACAGGCUGCCGUGUGCAUUUCCGGACUGCCACCGCCAGCGGAGUCCCCGGGACCUGCUGAAGGCUUGGGCGGGGCUUCCCCCACAGAUGCUGGGCCUGUGCCGAGCGGGGAGGCAUGUCACCCUGGGCCCGGGCAUUGGGCAGAGUGAGCCUCCACUUGGCUCUCCAGGCAAGAAAGUAUCUUGUAGGCUGAGCCGCCUGGGCCCCCUCUGUCUACCUGUCAUCGGGACAGCGGUGCCCUGUGGCCCAUGGUCUCCUCCUACCACUGCCCAGGCUCCGCCCCGCCUCUCUGGUCUCAGUGGGAGCCCACAGCACUCCUGAGAUGCUUCCUGAGUAUCCAGAACAGCCAUGUUGGCAGUGGCUGGACAGCUAGGGACUGCUCCCUCCCCCAGUUCCCUAGAAGCUUGCACAAGCCAUUCCAGCAUACUUCUGGGUCCUGGCCGGGACCUCCAGGUUCUCCCUCCAACCCGCAAGGCCCUGGUGCUGAGGAAUCGGGGAGGGCAGGCUCUUCUUUGUCCCGUGGGCCUAUUUGUCCAUCUUUCUGGUGUGGUCCUGCCACGUUAGCCGUGGCCCAACUGAGUUAGUAGGGCUAAGCUCAACCCAUCAAUAUUGCUGCUGGCCUACCCCCUAACCCUGCCUUUGGGGAGUUUCUUGCCUUUGAGAGCUGGGCAGAGGCCGGAGUUGCCUCCACCACCAUGAGCUGUGCCCAGGCCACCUGGGAGCAAGGCCUGUGUGGAUGGUGCGAGGAGGCGGCCCUGCCUGGGCUGUGCGCCAUCCCCCCUGGCCUCCCUCCAUGCCAGCAUUCCUGUGUCCCCUGCGUGUGUCCACCUCAGCCCAUGGAUGGCUCCGCUCAAGGGACCAGCCCCCAGCUGCUAGGCCUGUCCGAUGGGGCCUGGCCAAGCCUGCGCGGCACUGGGCACAGAUGGGUUGGUGUGGAAAAGGUCUAGCUCUGCUCUUCCUUCUCCCAGGACCCUGGCUGUGCCAGCUCCCAGCCCUGAGCUCAGCCCCAGCCUUGCUUUGUUGAAAGCAGCCCUAGGGCUGUGUCCAAAUCCUUGCUUCCCGGAGAGAGCUCCCCUCUGGCGGGGGGUGCUCGUCAGUGUUGGACAGCGGGAGGGACACGUCACAGGGCUUCUGCUCAGCAGCGGCCCCCAGCAGCCUUCCAGAGAGCCCACCAGGCUGAGCCCCAGGGCACGGCAGCGGCCGGCCUGGUGGGACACGUGCCUUCAGGGGUCCCCUGGGACCACCUUUCUCAAGCAAGGGCUGGGUUCAAAGGGCUAUGGGUUCUAUACUCCAGGCGGGUGGGGGUGUCGCGUGCGUGUGUUCUGUGUGUGCUACAAGACCUGUCUACCUCCCGAGAGGAGCAAGGGCCCUGCCGGCCCCUCUUGGCUCAUUCUUACCGAGGCAGUGGGAUGGGGGGGCCACUUCUGCCCAGCCCUCCUGACCCCGCUGCAGGGGCCUUGCGGGCAGGGGCUUCCUUCUGCAGGGGAGAGGCUGGCUGUGUCCAGGAAGGCUGCACCUCUACCCCACUUCCACCCCAUCAGGUCGGGUGGGCUCUAGAGGCAGGCGCAGACCCUCCAGCCCGAGUCAUUGGCCAGGCUGGACCCGUCAUGUGCCCGGGGUUCCCAGCGAGCCCGGCAAAGCAGUCCCGGAGCAGUGACCCCGUCCCUCAGUGUGGGGUGCCACCUUGCAAGGAACAUCCAUCCGGGUGGCAGAAGGGGCCAGGCCGCCUGGUUCUGUUCCCACCUCCACGGGUCUGGACUCUGUCAUCUCGGGGUCCUUGUUUUCUCGCAGUGUGUAGCUUGCGUUUUGAGCAAUAAAGCUUGGUGUAGUCCGUA